AUGACCACCGUCUCCGACAAAGAACUGCUGGCAUACGUGUCGCGCGCCAAAGGGAAGGUGGUCAUCGUCACCGGCGGCGGUAACGGCAUAGGCAGGGCCAGCGCGCUGCAGUUCGCCCGACACGGCGCGAAGGUUGUUCUAGGUGACUUGGACUUAAAGGCUGCGGAGGAGUGUGUCAAGCUCUGCGCGCAGGCUGGGGGGGAAGCUGCCGUUCUACCGGCUCCGUGCGAUGUCACGUCGUGGGAUGACCAGGUUGCGUUGUUCGAGUUCGCGCUGAGAACGUACGGCCAGGUGGACAUCGUCGUCCCGAACGCGGGCAUCACCGAUGGCAAACCCUUCGCAGAGCCGACACUGGCGCCUUCGGCAAAGUACGGACACGACGUUCCGGUCGAACCAUCCACGACGGUGCUGGACGUCAACCUGAAAGCCGUCCUCCACACCGUCCAUCUUGCUAUCCAUUACCUCAAACUGAACAGCACGAACGAUGCAAACGAACUCAAGGCGAUCGUGCUGGUUUGCUCCAUGGCGUCCUGGAACGGCAUCCCUGGAGCAGUGCUAUACUCGACAUCCAAGCAUGCCCUUUUGGGGACGCUUCGAAGUUUGCACGCUCAGGUUUCCGCGUAUGGCAUCCGACUCGUAGGAGUGUGCCCUUGGUUCGUGGACACCGGCAUCCUUCCGCCAGCCAUGAAGGUGCUCAUGGCCGGCCUGCCCUGGGCGCCUCUCGACAGGGUGGCGAACGCCAUCUUCUACUCUUCCACAGAUCCGUCCGCCGAGACGUCCGGUGCGACGUACCUUAUCCCCGACGACGGCCCGGUCCUGCGCGUCGAAAAGGAGCGCAUCACGGCCGGCAUAUACGCCGUGCUCGACCGCCGGCUGUCGCGCGCCGUAGGGUGA